UGUACAACAGAGGCCGAGAAGCUGAUCUGAAGCACCCGGCUCACGUUAUCAAUCAACACCCCUACCCGCUCACAUUAGCACACCCCCCUUUUCAAACAACCAUGUCAAUUCACUUCUACGCCUGUUUCUUCUUAUCCUGCGCACCUCCUCCGCCUUCUUCUCCAUCACACCUAGGGUUUCAUAUUCUCUCUCUACAUUCUCACACUAAAUUCACCAUUCUCUUCACAUACUCACGGUUUCACUCGUCAAUUUCUUCAUUGUGCCGGUUGUUCACAUCGUAUGGACUCAGAUCGCCAUCACAGGAACUCGAAUAACUCUUAUAACUAUUCGAAUCUGUUCAAUCUCGAGUCUCUGACGAAAUUUCAACUGCCUCAAGGUGAAGAGUUUGAUUAUUAUGCAAAUAGUAGUCAGGGUGAGAGCAGAGGUAACCGAGCAGGUGUGCCAAUGACGGACCGAAACAACGGAAUGAUGUUGGAAAAGAGAAAGAGGAGAAGUACGUAUAGCAGUGAUGAGGACCAGGAUGGAAGUUAUGAUGAGUAUGUGUCUGAGGAGAGAUACAGAGCAAUGCUUGGUGAGCAUGUUCAUAAGUACAAAAGAAGGCACAAACAUAAUAAUUUGCCGGCUUCUACUUCCACACGAAAUGGUAUGUUUGGCAACAAGGGUGGUAUCGGAUCAAAGGAUCAUAAAAUCGGGAAUGGUCGUCAAGGAGUACAAAAGAUUGAAAUGGUUCCUCAAUAUGUAGGGCAUUACAGAGAGGCAGAUUUUUCUUCGGAUUAUGGCUUGGAUAGAUCAGUUUAUGAACCUGCUUAUCUAGAUAUUGGGGAUGGUGUCAGUUACAAGAUUCCGCCUACUUAUGAAAUGCUAGCUGCCUCAUUAAAUUUACCUAAACCAUCGGAUAUGCGAGUGGAGGAGUUUUACCUUACGGGCACCCUUGAUUUGGGCUCAUUAGCUUCAAUGAUGUCUGCUGACAAAAGGUUUGGGCCCAGAAGUGGAUCAGGAAUGGGUGAGCCCAAACCACAAUACGAAUCACUUUGGGCAAGAUUAAGUUCACAAACAUCAAAUAACUCUGCACAAAAGUUCAGUCUUAAAGUCAGUGAUGCCGCAUUGGAUUCAUAUUCUGCGCCUGAGGGUGCAGCUGGUGGUUUUAGACGGUUUAUCAUGUCAGAAAGUGGAGUGCUGCAGGUGCACUAUGUGAAGGUGUUGGAGAAAGGUGACACGUAUGAGAUUAUUGAGCGAAGUCUACCCAAGAAGCAAAAUGGGAAGAAAGAUCCAUUUGAAAUUGAGAAGGAGGAGAUGGAUAGAGUGGAUAGAUAUUGGGUGAAUAUGGUCAGAAAAGACAUACCAAAACAUCACAGAUUCUUUAUCGGCUUUCAUAGAAAGCAAUUAACUGACGCAAAGAGGUUUUCUGAGAACUGUCAAAGAGAGGUAAAAAUGAAGGUGAGCAGAUCACUUAAGUUGAUGAGGGGUGCUUCAAUUCGUACACGAAAACUCGCACGGGAUAUGUUGGUGUUUUGGAAAAGAGUGGAUAAAGAGAUGGCUGAGAUUAGGAAAAAAGAAGAAAAAGAAGCUGCCGAAGCUUUGAAACGUGAACAGGAGCUUCGUGAAGCCAAACGGCAACAACAGAGAUUAAACUUUUUAUUAUCCCAGACAGAACUUUAUGGUCACUUCAUGCAGAACAAGGCUUCCUCCCAGCCACUUGAAACUUUACUCGAGAAUGAUAAACUCAAUGAUGAAGAAGCAAUCAUUGGCUCUUCAGAUGCUGUUGCAAUUGAGGAAGAUCCUGAAGAGGCCCAAAUGAAAAUGGAGGCCCUGAAAGCAGCCCAAGAUGCAGUUUCCAAACAGAAACAGAUCACAAGUGCAUUCGAUGAUGAAUGUUUGAAACUGCGUCAGGCUUCAGGUGUUGAGGACCCUGAACAGCUUGAUUCUUCAGUUGCUGGAUCUAGCAACAUGGAUUUAUUACACCCGUCAACUAUGCCGGUAGCAUCUUCGGUACAAACACCAGAAUUAUUUAAAGGUUCUCUGAAAGAGUAUCAGCUAAAAGGUCUACAGUGGCUGGUGAAUUGUUAUGAGCAGGGUCUAAAUGGUAUUCUUGCUGAUGAGAUGGGCCUUGGGAAGACUAUUCAAGCAAUGGCGUUCUUGGCUCAUUUGGCUGAAGAGAAAAAUAUAUGGGGUCCAUUUCUGGUUGUUGCACCUACUUCUGUAUUGAACAACUGGGCUGAUGAAAUAGGCCGAUUCUGCCCUGACCUAAAAACACUUCCUUAUUGGGGUGGUAUUCAGGAACGAACAGUACUUAGAAAAAAUAUAAAUCCUAAGCGACUUUAUCGUAGGGAUGCUGGAUUUCAUAUUCUUAUUACCAGCUACCAACUCCUAGUAUCCGAUGAAAAGUAUUUCAGACGUGUGAAAUGGCAGUAUAUGGUCUUGGAUGAAGCUCAGGCUAUCAAAAGUUCAACCAGUAUAAGAUGGAAGACGCUACUCAGCUUCAAUUGUAGAAACCGUCUGUUACUAACUGGGACACCUGUUCAAAACAACAUGGCUGAGUUGUGGGCCCUCCUUCAUUUCAUCAUGCCAACUCUAUUCGACAGCCAUGAGCAAUUUAAUGAGUGGUUUUCUAAAGGUAUUGAAAACCAUGCUGAACAUGGUGGGACGUUAAAUGAGCACCAACUUAGCAGAUUGCAUGCCAUUUUGAAGCCGUUCAUGUUGCGGCGUGUUAAGAAGGACGUGGUGUCCGAGUUGACUCGGAAGACUGAAAUUACAGUGCAUUGCAAACUGAGUUCACGGCAACAAGCGUUUUACCAAGCUAUAAAAAACAAAAUAUCUCUUGCCGAGUUGUUCGACAGUAACCGUGGUCAACUUAAUGAGAAAAAGUUUAUGAACUUGAUGAAUAUUGUCAUCCAAUUGAGAAAGGUUUGCAACCAUCCUGAGUUAUUUGAAAGAAAUGAAGGAAGCUCGUAUUUCUAUUUUGGAGACAUCCCGAAUCCCCUUCUUCCACCUCCGUUUGGAGAGUUGGAGGAUGUAUACUACUCUGGGGUUAAGAAUCCUAUUACAUAUAAGAUUCCGAAAUUAAUAUACCAAGAAGUUGUGCGAAGUUUAGACAUCUCUUCAUCAGGAGGAAAAUACAGUAUCAAGAGAGAGUUCUUUGAGAAACAUUUUAACAUCUUCUCCCCACUAAACAUUUAUCAAUCCAUAUAUACGCAAGACAAAAACGAGCCCUCCAAUAAAAAUGUAUCAUUUGGAUUUUCCCGAUUGAUUGAUCUCUCACCAGGCGAAAUAUCAUUCAUAGCAAAUGCUUCUAUAAUGGAGAGAUUAUUGUUUUCAAUUUCUAGAUGUGAUUCACGUAUUUUUGAUGAGGUUGUGGACUUGAUAAUGGAAAAAGAGGAUAACAAUGGUGUUGAGUGUAAUCAUAUUGGGAAGGAAAAAGUUAGGGCGGUAACAAAAAUGUUGUUAUUACCAUCAAAGUCGGAAAGUAAUAUUCUUAAACGGAGACUUGCAACGGGACCCGUGGAUGCUCCGUUUGAGGCUUUGGUACUCUCACAUGAAGAUAGACUUGCCUCUGAUGUUCGAUUACUUCAUUCAGCUUUUUCUUUCAUUCCACCAAUAAGAGCACCUCCUAUUGAUGCAUACUGUCCAGAUAGAGAUUUUGCUUACAGAAAAAUUGAAGAAUUGCAUAAUCCUUGGAUUAAGAGAUUAUUGGUCGGGUUUGCACGCACGUCUGACUCGAACGGACCUAGAAAACCAGAGGGUGCUCCUCACCAUUUGAUACAAGAAAUCGAUGAAGAGCUACCUGUUGUGCAACCUGCGCUUCAGCUCACGCACAAGAUCUUUGGCUCGUGUCCACCUAUGCAGAGUUUUGAUCCUGCCAAGAUGCUGACGGAUUCAGGGAAGCUUCAGACACUGGAUAUACUCUUGAAGCGCUUGCGUGCAGGAAAUCAUCGUGUUCUCCUGUUUGCACAAAUGACCAAGAUGUUGAAUAUUAUUGAGGACUAUAUGAACUAUAGGAAGUACAGAUACUUAAGGCUUGAUGGAUCAUCUACCAUAACGGACCGUAGGGAUAUGGUCAAAGAUUUUCAACUAAGAAAUGAUAUUUUUGUAUUUUUACUGAGCACAAGAGCUGGUGGGGUCGGUAUCAAUUUGACCGCUGCUGACACAGUCAUAUUUUACGAAAGUGAUUGGAAUCCAACACUCGAUUUACAAGCCAUGGAUAGGGCUCACCGUUUGGGUCAGACUAAAGAUGUUACAGUUUAUAGGUUAAUUUGCAAAGAAACAGUUGAAGAAAAGAUUUUACAGAGAGCUAGCCAAAAAAGUACGGUCCAGCAACUUGUAAUGACCGGUGGUCACAUACAGGGUGACAUAUUGGCUCCUGAAGAUGUUAUUUCUUUACUCAUUGACGAUGCACAAAUGGAGCAAAAGCUAAAAGAAAUUCCACAGGUUAAAGAUAGACACAAGAGAAAAGGCGGGACAAAAGCUAUAAGGAUAGACGAUGAAGGUGACGCACGCUUCGAAGAUCUUACGUCUCUUGAGCCUCCACCCGACGCAAACACAGCCUCUCCUGCUGAUAAAUCGAUGUCCAGUAAGAAGAGAAAAGCUACAACCGAAAAAGGGACACCAAAAUCAAGGCCUGUUAAAGGUCCUAAAAACCCUGAUUCUUCGGCAUCCAAUACGAUAGCAGAACCUGAUGGCGUGAUGUAUUGAUAUUUGAUAACCCAAAGAACCAAAUGACCUACAAGGAUUGUAAAAGCAAAUCUUGAACCGGCAUUUACAGCACAACAGUUCUGCCUGAAGAUUGAAGUUAAUGCUAAAUAUAUACAUAAUCUACUACAUUUAAUCAUUUAUAUAAAAAAAUUCCCAAGUGACUGAGUGAGUGGUUAUAAAACUGGUAUUAUUAUUGUUAUCUUCUUUAUUUUUGGCUGGAGAACGAGGAUAAGAUGAACAAUGAUGGCCAAAUUAUAUGAUAGUCUUGUACAGGUUAUAUGUUUUGUUUAUUUAUAUUUAGGUGGUUUAUAAUUUGGGCAGGAAUUUAUAGCUUAAGGCCCAAUGCAUGAAAUGAGACUGUUCAAGUAUGAACGCCUUUUAACGAUUUUUUUUGUAUGUUUUUUAACAUGCCCUUCCUUCUA